UCUUGAUACAACACAGAAACAGAUAAGUAUUGCGCUACUAUAGGCAGAUGGCUUUCCCGCACGACAGCGGAUGCCUACAAGCGAGGACGGAGAAGAAACUAGUAGAAGUAGGGACGCUGAAAACUCAACAAAAAAUGGGCUAGAGAAGAGUAGUCGACAUCCAGAUUACACACUAAACAGAGGGUGUAUUUUAGUAGGGGCGUAUUUCGUCUUCUUGGUGUGGAGGUUUAUUAGCCUCGCUCUGUACUCUAUCUACGCCACGGAUUGUUUCUUACGCGCAAAGCUUGCCACUUUGAGAUGCGAGAACUUCACGGUAUAUCCAAACCCGACGAGAUUUGAAAUUGCUUGGCAAUCGUGUUCGGCUGUGAACAAUUUCAUCGCGAUUGGGAUUUUAUUCAAACUGCCGGAGUUUCCUGGUUGGAACGUUGUGUCCGCUCGUCUCGUUAGACUCGCUCGGUUUUGGUCUUUCCUCUUUCAACUGGUCGUGGUGAUUAGCUACAAUCUGAUGCUCUACUGCCACGAACAUUUGGCUGAGAGCGCGAUCAUUGAAGUUGGGUUCAUUGUCGAUGAAAUUACCAUCACGGCCGUGGUUUGCUUGUGGAAUUUUAUACCCGCACCUCACGACAGGUCCGACGGCUUCGCGUGCCUCUCCGUGGCUUACAAACUGACACUUGUUGUGUUCUUUUUAGAAAACUUCUUCCUCUUUCUGUUAAUGUCUUCUCAAGCUGCGUUGGACAUUACUGGAAUUCACGAAUUCGAAACUAGAUCGAAAGGUUUACAGGCGUUGGGAAUUGUCUUCAACGCAACGGAGGCGACAUUCUAUUUUGCUGUCAUGAAGUUCAUGUGGAAUAAACUGUUUGAAGGAGAUGGGGAAGACCUCUUAAAAAAAGAUACAAUUUGAGCAAAAGUGUUACAGACACUUUUAUAUAAGACUAUACGCCAACACGGCAGGAUAACUCAGUCGUAAAAAAAUAAUAAUAAUCAGCAGGUGACACUAAAGAUUUUGUGGCUCAGUGAUACGUGCGAAUUAGAACAAAAACUAAUUACAAAAGUCAA